CGGUGGCUCGAGCAGUUCUCCAUCAGCGCUAAUGCGAGUGAAACACCUCUCAGAGUCGCUUCUGCUCAAACUCCACGCUCGGAGCCUCGGAGGCAUGACUCCUCCGGGGUGGGAUUAAUCCGCUCAGAGGAACUACAUGCGAUACCUGCCACAUGUCGUGUACGGGUCUGAAACGAACGCUGGAGCCGGAGGACGAGGACAAGCCCGAUACCCAGCCCAAGAUGGCGGCCGUAUGGGCCGAGUCUUCCACGCUGUACUCACGGCAGAGGCAGACGGUCUUGCAGCUCUCGCUCCAGAAACUGUGCCAUGUUCCAUCACUGGGCCGCCGUGUCCUCAUUACUAACACGCUCCGGCUCAUUCAGGAUGAGAUCGGACACCAGGGGGCGCCGCGUCCGAGCCCCCCGGCCGAGGACAUCCAGAGAUUUUCACAGCAUCAAGUGCUCGAGGUCAGUUUGACCCCGGCGUGGGUUCUAGAGCAGGACGGUGAGCCGGAUUUCUCUCCAGACUCCUCUGUUUCACCAGAGGAUGGCUUCGCCUCAACGUUGGCAGAAAUCGACGAGGCAAGCGCCUUUUCCUCACCUUCCCUCCCGGAACCAGACACAAACACAAUCGAAAAAGAAACUCCAAUGCAGACCAUCUGCCUCGAGUCUCACUUGGACUUCGUCCGGCCCACCGUAAGCCACACCCCCUCACCAACUCCACCCUUCCUCCCCGACCUCUCGCUGGAUGACUUCCUCUUCUCGGACCUUGACAACUUCCUGUGCGAGUUGAACCCUUGCACCUUGAAUCUGAGUCCCAGCCCGGGCUCACAGUCAAAGGUUGUCUCCAUGGUGACGGACGAACUCGUCCGGAGCUUGACAAACCAGCCAUUCAAAACGGACCUGAACGAACUGGAGCACAUUAUGGAGGUGCUGGUCGGAUCAUGAGACCAAUUUUUUAUUUUAUUAUUUUUUUUAAAUGACUAGAAUUAUUCACACACACACACACACACACACACACACACACACACACACACACACACACACACAUAAAUAAAUUCUGUUUUCUUUUAAAAAGAAUUGUUCAGAAUAAGUCAGGGAGUCUGAGGUUACCUUAAAUUAAACAUCUAUAAAAACACAAGGUAAAUCGCAUUACUGCAGCGUUUUAAAUUAUGGGCUGUAGCCCGACCCGGUGGCCAUGGUAAUGAUUGUAUAUUUAUUUUACGCAGUUUGCAUGUAUUUAUUCUUGCAGUCAAUACAGGGAUAUAAUAUAUGAGAUUUUUCAGCUCUAUUUUUGUUUGAACAGAUUUGAUACUUUUUAAUAGAAAUAAAAAGGUACACUAUUUUGCUACUGAAAUGAUUUUGAAAUAAAGGUGAUGGUUUUGUA